AGAUGGUAUUGCUGAAGAACAAGAACAAGGGAAAUUGCAAGGAGGAUAAUCAGAGAGGAAGGAUCAAUAGGUUUUUGGUGACCAUCAACAUAUUGGGUAGUGCAGGACCCAUAAGGUUUGUGGUGAGUGAGAAAGAGCUUGUUUCUAGGGUCAUUGACACUGCUCUCAAAUCCUAUGCUCGAGAAGGGAGGCUUCCUGUUUUGGGCUUUGAUGCCACCAAUUUCUUUCUUUAUUGUGCAAACGCAGGCUUUGAUGCUCUGAGUCCAUUGGAACCCAUAGGAUCUUUUGGGGUGAGGAAUUUUGUGCUGUGCAAAAAGCAUGUGUACCCAUCAAAGACAGAACCACAAUCAGAGCUUGCGACUCCAAAGAAUGGUAGUGGGUGGAAGGCAUGGUUCAAUAAAUCAUUUAGUUUUAAAAUUAUGUCCCAUUGAGAUGUAUAUCAUUUACAUG